UCCUUAGGACGAUUUCGUAACCUCUGCACGCUUUUUGCUUUCUCCACUCACUAGACAUUUCUGCAUUCAAAUCAUGAUGGCUGUUUCGCGCUCAGAUCUGCUAGCUUGGCUGAACGAGCUUCUUCAGCUGAACUAUACCAAGAUUGAACAAUGUGGUACCGGAGGAGCCUACUGUCAAAUCCUUGACUCCAUCUAUGGCGAUCUUCCAAUGGCGCGAGUUAAAAUGAACGCAAAGCACGAGUAUGAAUUUGUCGCCAAUUUCAAAGUCAUGCAAAACGUCUUCAAAGCAAAGAAGAUCGAUAAGCCUAUACCCAUCGAGAAGCUCGUCAAGUGCAAGAUGCAAGACAAUCUAGAGUUCUUGCAAUGGAUGAAGCGAUUCUGGGAUUCCAAUUACGGUGGACAGGGCUAUGACGCGGUCGGACGUAGGCGCGGUGCACCAGCCGAACCACCAGCGACCAUUGCUCCACUUUCAACUGGGGCGCGCAGCGCCAGUGCCGUUCUGGGGGUUGGCGGUCGAUCCGGUGGAAAGACGCCUAUCAGCGGACAUCGGGCAGGCUCUACGCAACCCAAUGAAGCCAUGCAGGCAUUACAGGCUCAACUCCGCGAAAUGUCGACGCAUAUGGAAGGCCUAGAGAAGGAAAGGGACUUCUACUUUGCAAAACUUCGGGAUAUCGAGAUCCUCGUUCAGCAACAAACAGAGACACUGGAGAGUCAAGGCAAGGAAGAUGACAACCUUAAAGAGAUUCAAAAGAUCCUUUAUUCAACAGAGGAUGGUUUUGAAGUUCCUGAUGGCAGUGUUGCUGUCGAUGAAGAGGAAACUUUCUGAUUGUGCAUGCCGCUGGAGUAUAGGAAGAGGUCUUCGUGUCAUAUCCUAUGAUAUCUCAAAACCAAGUGUUCAUUAGCAUUAACUUCUCAUUUUGCACAUUUUCUUGUUCCAUCCCCUGUCGUUCCUUAUAAUCGGAGUCUACCUAACCGCGCUCUGGCGCUUAGCUCUAAUAUUCGUAUCUCUAUGCAUUUGUGGAAUCUCUCUUUGACAAGGAACAGUUAUCAGCGGCAGUGUUAAAGGAUUAGAACCGCAAGCUCAAUGC